CAGGUGGCAGAAGGUUCAUCCGCGCCGCUACCAGCGAAGAAGAAGAAAGCAGGACGUCCAGAUUCCAAACAGAUUCCCGUUGGAAAGGCAGAAAUCUUCCCGGUUUUUAGUUUUUAUCCACAUCAAAUAUUGGACUUCCCGCUUCCUGCUACCACGAUGGGCACCAGAGACGAUGAGUACGACUACCUGUUCAAAGUGGUCCUCAUCGGGGACUCCGGCGUCGGGAAGAGCAACCUGCUGUCCCGCUUCACCCGCAACGAGUUCAACCUGGAGAGCAAGAGCACCAUCGGCGUGGAGUUCGCCACGCGCAGCAUCCAGGUGGACGGCAAGACGGUGAAGGCCCAGAUCUGGGACACGGCGGGCCAGGAGCGCUACCGGGCCAUCACGUCCGCGUACUACCGGGGGGCGGUGGGGGCGCUGCUGGUCUACGACAUCGCCAAGCACCUGACCUACGAGAACGUGGAGCGCUGGCUGAAGGAGCUGCGGGACCACGCCGACAGCAACAUCGUCAUCAUGCUGGUGGGAAACAAGAGCGACCUGCGCCACCUGCGGGCCGUGCCCACCGACGAGGCCCGGGCGUUCGCCGAGAAAAACGGUUUGUCCUUCCUGGAGACGUCGGCUCUGGACUCCACCAACGUGGAGACGGCCUUCCAGACCAUCCUGACAGAGAUCUAUCGCAUCGUCUCCCAGAAGCAGAUGUCGGAGCGCCAGGAGAGCGACAUGUCGCCCAGCAACAACGUGGUCAACAUCCAGGUGCAGCCCACCGAGAACAAACCAAAGAUGCAGUGCUGUCAGAACAUCUAGCCCCGCCGUGGAUCUGCUGCUACCCCCUCCCUCCUGCCCCCCCCCCCCCCUCCUCCUCCUCCCUCCCUCCACGGUUCUGAUCCGGUCCCAAACAGACUGCCUCGGCGUAGAAACAUCCAGCCGCAGAUUCAACCCUGCGACCUGAACCCCCCCCCCCCCCCCCCCAUCCCCCCAGUAAAUAUGAGACGGGCCCCCCUCCCUGAGCAGAGCCCCGUCUGUCGGCUACUGCAGGACAGCAGGCGUUUCAUAUCACCUCAUUUCUGUAGAUGCGCUGACAUGUCACUGAAAUGUCUUAAAAUAUGAAUGUGAUUGUUUUUCUUCCUGCUCUGUGCUCCCCUCCCUCUCCCUCUUCCUCUCCCUCCUCCUCCUCAUAUACGUACCACUGUAAAGCACAUCUAUCUGAGCUUUUCCUCUCAUUUUAGCCCCUCCCUCCCCUCUAGUGCAACGUACUGUCUGGACGAAUCGAGCCGCCGUGCUGCGGGAACGCCGCGCCGUCGGGUCGCUAGCCUCGCGUCGUUUCCAGCUGAAGGAGCCGCAGACGCGUCGGGCCGUCCAGUAACGCACCAAUCCGUCACAUUUCCCACUCCAACUAUGCAGAGACGAGCGCCCGGCUGUUCGGGUCGCCCGUUCCGGCACUUAGGGAGCAGAAAGGACUGAAACGCUAAUAUUCCCGUACGACAUUCCUAUGAUCCUCUGUAGUGUUAGACUGAAAUGUGCAGCUAGCUCCGCGUUGCAUGCACCCACGGACGUGUAGGACCACUGAGAAGGAGCGAGGCGCCUCCCAGGGCUGGACUCCACCGGCGCGCCAUCGUCCGAACCUUGCACUGAUUAUUAACCGAACCCGCUCGUCUUAUUUAGCGUUCCUUAGUUUCUGCACUUAGAGUUAGAACCACUGUCGGAGAGGCUGAGGAACGUUCCUGGUCUGGAGAAGCAGCAGGAAGCUGAGGUGGAUCCGGUCGGCGUCUCAUGCUCCUCUGUUGGCUCCGCCUCUCAUUUAGCCGCGCCGUCACACCAAGCCUACGUACACCGAGCUGCCUCUGCGACACGAUGCAUGGCUUUCUGUCGUACCGCCUUACGUAGCCGACGUACUCCUCCCUCCUGCUGGAAGCGGGACGCGCCGCUGCGGUCCGGUCCGGUCCGGUGUGUUCUGCUUGCGGCUCGACCCGCGGCGUUUAGUGGCAGAGGGCAGCUCUGCGGUGUGCGGGCCUCUCUGGACGGACCGAGUCCUUUGCUCUUGAGUUCUGGUCCUGGUCGUGUACCACCAUAGUUCUGUGUUGUUUUUUUUUUUAAACCUGUGUUUUGGUUCUUCUUCUAUUUUUUUUUACUAUAUUCUGUAACUGACUGUAAUUUCAGUGCAAACUCAAGAAUGAAACGAUGUCAUUUCAACGAAGUCGGACGGUGAAAUGUGAGCGAGGGGUCCAGAUGAUGGUUUUAUGUUUUGUACAGACCAAUGAAUUGUACAAUUGUGUCUAUAUCUUAAGUUAUCGGUUUAUCUUAAUAAAGCGCACCAGUCAUAAACCUU